CUUCACAUUCUCUCUCCAAUUUCCUCUGAUACUCCCUCAAUUAUUGUUGGUUUGACGAUGAUCUUGAUGUUUUUGCUUUCAUCACAUCUUUCCUCUAAUGUGUUUGAUUAAAUGCGUAUAUGAAAAUGUAUAAAAAAUUGAGCCUUUUGUUACUUUUAAGACCAUACCCAUCUAGGGUUUGUUGUUGAUUCGCGCAUUAGAUUGAAAAUUCAGCACACCCUUCAAUGUGAUUAAUCUCUAUUAGGAAUUCUUUGCAUGGAGUGUCAUUUGAUGGGUACUACACGUUGUUGUCUUCACAACCGCAUACAAUGGUUUCCAUGGCAAUUGAGAACGUUAAAUUUGGAGAAGGUUAACAGAUUUCACUAUGAUGUGGCUGAAUGUAGAUCAAGGACAAGAACCCAAAGGUUCAUCUAUCCAAAUUUAGCUUCUACUGGGAAAAAUUAUAUGCAUCAUAUUUCUUGGAGAACAAUUUCCAUGCCUGUUAGUCUGGAUCAGGAAUCUUCAUCACCACAGUUAGAAGACUACUCUAGUGAUGAUGAGGAUGCUCCCAAGACUUCUCCUCUUGAAAAACCAUUGAGUAGUGAUGAGUUGAAGGCUUUGAUUGCUGAUUCCGAAAGAGAAAAACUUAUCAAGAAACUAAGUGAAGCCAAUCAACAAAAUCGGUUCCUCAAACGACAGUUGCACGAAAAGGAGGGUGCAUUGGUUAAUUUCAAAAGUGAACUUGCUGUUAUGGAACAGGAGAUUCAGGCUUUGGUUGCAAUGGCAGAUGAAAUUGCAAAAUAUGGCAUUCCAGAACGUUCAAGAAAGAUUAAUGGGAAAUACAUUCAGUCUCACCUUCUGUCUCGGUUAGAAGCUGUGCAUGAAAAAGUGAAGGAACAGAUAAAGGAUGUGGAUGCCGCAGAAUCCAAGGAGGUGUCCUUGUUCUGGUGUGGCAUGGCUGAGAGCGUACAAGUAAUGGGCACCUUUGAUGGCUGGAGUCAAGGAGAAGACCUUUCACCGGAGUACAAUGGUUAUUUCACGAAGUUUUCCACGACAUUGUUGCUCAGACCUGGAAGAUAUGAAAUCAAAUUCUUGGUGGAUGGAGAGUGGCAGCUAUCUCCAGAAUUCCCCAUAGUGGGAGAGGGACUAAUGAAAAACAACUUGCUGAUUGUGGAAUAGCUCAAUAUUUGCUGAUCUAAUAAUGUGUGAAGUUAAGAGAAAUUGCCUAAAAUAUAGCAGUGAAGUUGCUGAUCUAAUAAUGUUUCUUCAGGCUUAUCUAAUGUUGUAGCUGAUGUAGCAGUGAAGUAACUCUCAGUUUGAAGGUCAGUCUGUCAAAACUAUAGAAAUUAGUUUCUAAUGUGUGCUGGAUAAGAUUUAAUGUAGUUAAAGAAGUUGACAGCCAGCCAAGUGAGAUUGGGCGGAAUUAAAAAAAGGUUAUGUAUUAAAAUUAAUUACAACUUGGACAAAUUAACCUGAUCAACUUGAUUAUUUUACUGAA